CUGGCUAACCCGGAAGAAAACGAGCCAGUCUCCGCAUGGACUGAGCCGGCGGCGCAAGGGGAUGGCCACUUUCUUUGGGGAGGUGGUGGCGGCACCAUCCCGCGCUGGGGUGGACGAGGAGGAGGAGGAGGAGGCGGCGCGGGAGGAAGCGCCGGAAGACCGAGAGAUUCGCCUGGAGCUGGAGAAGAAAAGGGAAGUCCACAUUCUCUGGAACACGGCAUUCAGGGCAUCUCCAGAAAGCUCUUCAGAUCUUCAGUUUCCUUGCUCAAAAUUCAUAUUGGGUGUAGGACACAAUGCAGCAGCAUUCUUGUCCUCAUUUGUUUUGCAUUCUGGAGACUGGGAAGUAGUUGGCUCUGUCAAGUUGUGGAAUGAAUGGUGCAGAACAUCGAACACAACCAAUGUCCUGCCAACAGAUUCUUUCUGUUUGUUCUAUCAGUUGGUUUCAGAUCCUACAGUUUUGCUGUGCCAGUGUACUUGUUUUGUGGCUGAGGACCAACAGUUCCAGUGGCUGGAAAAGGUUUUUGGGUGCAUGCAGAAGACGGACUUGCAAGUCGCUGUUUUUUCAACAUCUUCCAUUACAGAGUAUAAAACGCCUGAAUCAACCUUAAUGCUUUCUUCUCCUUUUCUGAAAGCAUUAAAGACAAAACAGUUCAAAGAUAAUGUCUGUUGCUCACGUCUAGAACAACCAAAUAUUGUAAGGGAUCUUCCUGCACUAGUUCUCAGUUACUGUCAAGUGUGGCAAAUCCCUGCUGUGCUUUAUCAGUGUUAUACUGAUGUCAUCAAACUGGACGUCAUUACAGUUGAAGCUUUCAAGCCGGUCCUGUCUUCCAAAAUCCUGAGUAGCUUGGUUAAGGUAAGACUUCAUU